AUGCCUGAACGCACAGAACUCGAUAAAGUCACCAAGUCCCACCGGCUAGUGCGGAUUCCAGACAACAGAUGCGUCACCCUGGAUGACGUCAAACGUGUGGCUUUGAACAUGCUGGAGGAGCAAGAAAGAAUGUGCAUAGCUUCAUUUUCAGUGGCAGCAGGAAACCACCUUCUGAAUGAUUUCCUCAUGGCUCUGCUGAAUUACUUGUCCUGCUUUCUGGAGAAACAUUCUGCCAAAAAUCCAAAAUCUUUGAUGCCGAGAAUGAUUAUCCUAGAGAAGAAGGAAGGGGCUGACCUGAAAAUGAGAACAGACAUUGCUCUGAAGCACUUUGCCCACAUGUAUUGUAUGCUUGUUCUUGGAGAAGGAAUAAGUGAUCAGCAUCACCUUGGCUGUGGGAAUAGCAGAGCAUCAUCGACCCAGCAGGAUCGCAUAUUUUAUGAGAGUCUGUACAACUACUCAAUGAAGGUCGCUUGGGUAGUUUUCCGCCACAAGGAGCUGACUUUAAUACAGGAAGAGGUUGGCAGGCUUCUGCGUUCCAACACAUUUAAUCCUGCCCUGAGGAAGAGAGAUGCCCCUUCGGAGCCAGGCAAAAGCUUGUCUGGGGAGAAGACAUUUAGGAAGGCGGCUACAUAUGCAAAAAACAGAAGGAUUCAAGCCAAGCGGCCUGCUAUUCAUGAUAUCGUCACACAGCGUUCUCCAGCUCUCACUUCCCUCAUCCCAUCUCCCAAAGAGAAAGCUCAAUAUUUAUUCCAGCAACACCAGCUUCACCCAAAAGGCAAUGCUGAGACCAUCGACGUCACCAACUGGCUGGAAUCCUCUACCGCCAUCAGCACAACACGGAUCGGGAUACUGGGAGAACCGCUGAAAAUGUUCAACCGUCACAGCCUACUGCCUAUAGGAGCUGAGGAAGAGGAAGAGCAAGAGAUACACGAGAAGACGUCCUUCCAUUCUCACGGACAGUCUGGUCAUCACUCUCCCGUCCGCCCUGCCACUGGCCGUCAGAGCCUGGUCAUUUCUAGAGCUACCACUGAGGCCGCGUACUCUGACACUGACUAAGAACUGCUAUUGUGACCUACAUAAGCAUCAGCCAGGGACUAGUGAUUAUUACAUGGUUGAUGUU